AUGAAUUCAUCCAGAUCGACACCACAAAACCCAUCGUCCUUACGGUCAGGGCAGGCCCUUGACCAACAUUCAACGAGACUGGCCCUGCAGUCAUGUCUUAAGCACCUCGACAGGUUAGAGUAUCGCGUGCACGAGGAAAUCCAAGGGGUCCGUAGCCUCUUUAGGGAACUCCUUGACAACUGCCAGUCAGAUGCCACAACGGAGAAUUCAGGCGGAUGCAAUAGCACCGUCGACUCCAAAGCUGGAUUCGAUGACCUCAAUAUCAUUCACUGCCUCGUGCCACAGCCUGCACCCCAUGGAACAUCAUUCAGGGUCACGGGAUUGCUGUCAGAGGGUACAGGUUCUCCCCAAGGUUUAUUGCCCCACAACGCCCGCAGUUCUGCCAACUAUGUAACUCACCCCCAGCACAGCAUGUACUCGGAGGCCUUUUCGGCAUCCUGCGACCCGCGUGUCACGGAAUUGCCAUCAGAUAAUGUAGAUCCUCACCUUGAUCUAUCGCUGUGUGGAACGCCCGAUUAUGGCUAUGAGCCCGCUGUGCCACCCUUCCAAGGCAUCUAUUUCGAGGAACAUGUCCUAUCAAGUUCUUCAGCCAGACUCAGACCCGACGUGCAACUGUUUGUCCCCGUUGUGCAGGCUAGCCAAGCAAAGGACAAAGUAAAAUGUACCUGGGACGGGUGCUCGGCACUCGUCAACAAGGAUAACCUCACUCGCCACGUCGGGGAGGUGCAUGAGGGGAAGAUUAAGGCUGUUUGUGCAGACUGCGGAAGAGAAUUCAAGCGUCCGUAUCAGAUGAAUGAGCAUAUCCUUUCGACCAGAUGUGGAAAAUCGUAG